AUGAAUUCUAUGAAUAUGUACAUGCGCAUGGCAUUUAUUGUGACCUAUCGGCAUGCACAGUGUUGCGCCGUUAAGAGGCACCCUCGUAACAUCAUGGGUUGCCCCUUGAGCCUGCAUGCAACCAUGAAUUUCGCGCAGCGAGGCAAUCUGUUGGCACUGUCUCAGACUCCCAGCCUACAGGCGUGA